ACGAAAAUCUGCACACUGCACAAAAUGGCAGCUCACUGAGCUUGAAAACGAAAGUCCUUGCAUCUGUCUAACCUUGCUAUGGCAGUUCACUAUAAGAACAUCAUAGCAAAUGAGCUCAUAAGAAAAGCUCUUGGUGAAGUAGUUGCAUCUAAAAAACUAAAGUCUGGCUUACAUUCUGAAGUGUUCAAGCUCAUCAAGACGUUACCUGUGAAAAGACAAUCAGAAGGGUCCCCACAGUUUGGCAUUAAGACUACAGACCUAUCGCACCAUUUUCAAGAGAAUGUAAAGAUACCAGAGACUGUAGGUGAAGGCAUUGUUUCUAAUGAAGUGGAGGAUUCUGUUUAUUUUAGGAUUGACCCAGUCUCUUUUGCCCAGACUGUCUUGAAAAGUGUGAGGGCUGAUGGUUCUAACUACGGUCAUCGGGACACUCAUCAGCCACCCCAGUGUGUGUGCGUAGAGUUCAGCUCUCCAAAUAUCGCCAAGCCAUUCCAUGUUGGUCAUAUGCGCUCUACCAUUAUCGGUAAUGUAAUGUCCAACUUGUAUGAGGCUGCUGGUCAUGACGUGAAGCGAGCCAACUUUUUAGGAGAUUGGGGAACUCAGUUUGGUUUAUUAAUGCUGGGUCUUCAGAGAUAUUCUCAGAGAAAGCGAGUGAAGGCAGAUCCACUCCAGGAGUUCUUUGAGGUAUACGUAAAAAUCAACAAAGAUGUUAAAGAAGAAAGUGGAGAAAGACCUGAGUCCAGCUCACAGACGUAUCAAGAAGGAAUGAGUCUGUUUUCCAAGUUAGAAAAAGGAGACCCAGAUUUAAGAUCGGUGUGGCAAGAGGUCAGAGAACUGAGUAUUGCAGAGUUGGAUAAAAUGUAUCAGCGCCUGGGAGUACAUUUUUCUCACAUAAUGCCUGAAUCCUGUUUCCAAGAUAAAACCUCAGAAGUUUUGCAGUGCCUGAGGGAUGCAAGUUUACUGCAAUUUGACUCAAAUGGAGUUGGUUAUGUGAAUGUGAACAUACAAGAAAACAUGGGCAAGGCUAAUGUUGUGAAGAGUGAUGGUUCUUCACUCUAUCUUACCAGAGAUAUUGCAGCGGCCCUAGAGAGGGAGACUAUGUUUGCCUGUGAUAGAAUGCAUUAUGUGGUUGAAAUGGGACAGAGAAGUCACUUUGUCAAACUAGUCAGUGUUCUCAAUCAACUGGGAGUACCAUGGGCGCAAAGGCCAAUAGAUGAAAUCCACAUACGAUUUGGACGAGUUAAGGGUAUGAGCACUCGGUCUGGCAACGUGGUCUUUCUCAGGGAUAUACUGGACGAGGCACGGGAGAGAGUAGCUCACUCCAUGAGAGACAGACCUACAACACGAGUUUCUGGAACAUUGGACGCAGUAGCAGACACUCUGGCUGUCUCUGCCAUCAUCCUACAGGACCUGAAGUCUCACCGUGCCAAUGACUACAGUUUCUCUUGGGAGCGCAUGCUCAGCUUCAAGGCAGAUUCAGGCAUCUUUGCCCAGUAUUGCCACUCCAGACUUUGUAGCAUGAUGAAUAGCUGUGGUGUGGAGGCCGCUGACGCUGAUGUAGACCUGGACAGUAUAGCUGAGGAUGUGGCACUUCACCGAAUAGUGCUGCACUUGGCUCGUUUCCCUGAGGUAUUUGAAACAUCUUUGUCCAGCCUGGAACCUCACCAUAUUGUUCAGUAUUUAUAUCGUUUGUGCCAUUUGAUCAACGCUGCUUACUCAACGUGCCCUGUGAAAGGACAGCCCACUGAUGUGGCACAGGCUCGGCUCUCAGUAUUUGCUGGAGCUAAACAAGUUCUCGCGAACUGCCUUCAGCUCCUGGGCCUGCCACUGGUGGAUAAAAUGUGACCUUCGUGAGAUAGCUAGCUUCUGUAUAAAUUUGAAAUUCCAGCUAUAGCUUUGUCUUCGUUGUAUAUUUGUUCAUGUUUCUGUUGAUCCCGACUUAUUCUAAAGCUCAGCUUCAACUUAUAGUAAAUAUAAAGCUGGAUCACUGCCUGUCUGGGCCAAGUUUGACACUUGUCUCAAGUUUAGAAAAUUACAUCCCCUGAUUCACUUUAUGUUAGAAUGUCAACAGCUGUCUUCAGUUGAUAAAUUCAGUCCAUGCAAUGUAAGGGUUUGUCUUUGCAAUAGAAGAGGGAAAUCUGUUUUUUUGGAAAGAUUGGAUUGAAAAAUCAAUCAAAUAGUGAAAGUAUAUGUACUUGCGCAUUACUGCUUUAGUGUCACUAAUAUGAAUCUGAUAAUUCGGGUGAUGAAUAUAUGCAAAUGGGCUUAGCUCUCAAUUUAGACAGUUGCUUUUAAUAUGUGAUAUCAUCAUAUUCAACGUCUUACGUCUGGCAUUUGAAUAUAUGGCUUUAGUUCACCUCCCGAGAAGACAAUAUAGAAACAUAUCUAUUCCUGCCCAAAGUGGGCAUGGCACACAACUUGCUGAGCUGAGCUGCAAAGGAAACUAGGCCCAGCGAACACAUACAGGCAGCUGAGGCUAUUAUUAGUAACCAUGUGAAAUUAGUGGUGGUAACAUUACACUUUAUAGGCUAUCAUUAUUUUGAACCAGUGCUGAGUACGAAAUAAUUUUAAGAUGUUGUUCUGAUCCACUUCAAUUUCUCGACUCAAACUUUGCUGACUGGUAUGUGGGAAUAAAUAUGAUUUUACUCUGC